AUUAUUUCGAUUCAGAACGAACUCGCACCACUUCCAUAAAGGGAAACCGUGAUUUACGAGAUAUUCAAAGCAGGAGGCCUUCAAUUCCUUCUCCUUUAUCAAUUGCCAUUCCACCAAAUACAUCGAAUAAUAUACAAACCAAAGGUGUUGCGUCUCCAAAUAAGAAAUUUGAUAUUUUACAAUAUGAUGAUGAAAUGGAUGAAAAUAUUCCUUUAGGUCCUAGGCGAAGUAUUCCUAACAUUCGCACGAAUUCUUUGGCUUCAAAGUUCUUUAAACGAAGCGUUCCAAAUCUUCGAGAUGCUGCUGGUAAUGAUCACACUGUUCCUUUACCAUCAUCUAAUAUCAAAAGAACAAUUGCUCAUAUGCAAGAUGCACAAUCGACAACACCUCAAGGAAUGAAAAAAUCUAUUCCUGUUUGUGGUAACAAUGCCCGUUAUAUUGCAAAAGAAUCUCCAACUAAUGCGAGCCACUCUUUACGAGAUGAUAAAGAUAUUAAUGGAAUUAAUAUCAAUACGAACCAUUCAUAUUCUCAGCAUUCUAGAUAUUCACCACAAGAUGCUCGAUAUUCUCCUCAGGAUACGAGAUUUUCCUCGGGCCGAGAUGGAAUUAGAAACCGUGAACGUGCUAAUACUUUUAGUUAUAAUAAUAUGAAUAAAGAUUCUCGUUUAUUACCUGCUCCUCAUGCAAUUUCUCCACGCCAAGGCAAUAAAACAUUUAACAGAGAACGUUCUUACACAUUCACCAGUGGAAAUUCUCCAAUGAAUCCUAAUACACCUUAUCCAUUUGAUGAACCUUCUUCUUCACCACAAUAUUACACUAUUGGCAGAAGAGAAAGAUCUUACACUUUCACUGACGGUGGAAGGCAUAGAGACAAUAAUUUCAACGUUGGAAGGAAUGUGUAUGAUCGGCAUCGUCCUCCUUCACUUGGUCGUAAUUUUGGAAAUAGUCCACAACAAAAUUUCGGUUCUGGAAGAAAUGGAACAGUAACUAACACUUCAAGAUCACAAUUUAAUAACCAUUCACCGGCUGAACAAAAGGAUAGUUUGAGUCCUGGGAAAAUUCAAGGAGACAAUUUUCCUCCACGUGCCAAAUCCGCAUCUCCUUCAUAUUUUCAUAGAAGAAAUUCCAAUGAAUCAGAGUCCGUAGAUUCUAAAAAGAUUGGACAAUCUUUAAAUAAUACAGCAAAUUCGUCUUCUACUGAAAGUUCUACUGCACCUUCACCAGUAUCUCCAUCCCCAGAUGAAUCACCUUGUACUGAUGAUAAACAUAGAUCGAUUGUCUCGUCUCCUACUUCAAAUCAUGUGACUUUUUCCGAGAAUUUGAAAGAAUCAGCAUCCACAAAAAGACCUAUAUAUAUGCCUCGUAGACAAAGCUUUACAGCAUUAACUGGUGAAGGAAAAUCACACAGGACUCGAAGUUUAACCUUUGAUAAUAAGCCACAUUCAAACUUUCAGGAACAUAUAUGGCAAGUCAGAGAUUUAUGUUUGAUGAAAGUUCGAACUCGGAUUGGACCACGACGGGACGCUGGAGUCCGUCCUUUUGAGUUCGAAAAUUAUUAUAACUCGCUUGAGG